ACUGAACGAAGAAGGCAGAACUCCACAAUGCCCAGCUCAGCACUGCUCUGUUGCCUGAUCUUCCUGGCCGGGGUGGCGGCCAGCCAACACCAGGGCACCCAGUCUAAGGACAGCUGCAUCCACUUCCCAGACAGCCUGCCCCACAUGCUCCGGGAGCUCCGAGCUGCCUUCAGCAACGUGAAGACUUUCUUUCAAAUGAAUGACCAGCUGGACAACUCGUUGUUGAGCCAGUCUCUGCUGGAGGACUUUAAGGGUUACCUGGGUUGCCAAGCCUUGUCGGAGAUGAUCCAGUUUUACCUGGAGGAGGUGAUGCCACAGGCUGAGAACCAUGGCCCCAACAUCAAGGAGCACGUGAACUCCCUGGGGGAGAAGCUGAAGACCCUCAGGCUGAGGCUGAGGCGCUGUCAUCGAUUUCUGCCCUGUGAAAACAAGAGCAAGGCAGUGGAGCAGGUGAAGAGUGUCUUCAAUAAGCUCCAAGAGAAGGGUGUCUACAAAGCCAUGAGUGAGUUUGACAUCUUCAUCAACUACAUAGAAGCCUACAUGACAACAAAGAUGAAAAACUGAAGCAUUCUAGUGAAGAAAACAUCCAGGAUGGCAACUCUACUAGACUCUAGGGCAUAAACUGAAGAUCUUCGAAAUCUGAUCCAGGGUUCUGGGAGAGCAGAACCAGCUCCCUGGUAAACCCUA